CCCACCACCCUUGCCCGAUGCAUGUUAGGUAGACCCCUACAUGCACGCAACCCUUACCCAUCAUAUGCCCUGGCAUUGCAUUGUAACAAUCAGAUACUCCAACUUUGUCCUACGUGAUCUGUUCUUUCUUUAGAAAGUUAUGUGAUAGAUGGAAUGUUGCAGUCUUCCGUUACCUGUUCUAUGUAGCCAACAAAUGCGUAACUUGUGCAAACGAGGAGUCAUAUCCUUGGCAUUGGCUAUGUUGGAAGACAGAGAGGGGUCACCGAUAACGUCUCUUUCUUUGGGCUGCUCGCAGUCGCUCGCCAACUUUCUAUCUACAUUUUGCGCCUCGCCAAGUGUUUUUCUAUUUUUCUUCUGAAAGAAUCUUUUCUCGUCGUACAAUUCUGGGCUCCUGAGCUCUAUCAAAGCCAUGGAUACUACAGAAGCUAUCGAAGCGCUCCAGCUUGCCCUACCGAACGCUCACUUUGCACAGCGAGGCUCCUCCGACUACGCGGAGCUCAACCAGGCCUACCAAUCCGGUCUCUGCUCUGACAUUACUCCAGCUUGCAUCGUUCAGCCCACGGCUGCCGAGGACGUGGCAACCUUCGUUAAGACCAUCAAGCCAUUUGCGCUAAGCGGUAAAGCUCCCUUUGCCAUCGUUGGCGGCGGCCAGCAGCCAGCACCCGGUUGCUCCAAUAUACAAGAUGGCAUUACCCUGUCAUUACAGCGCCUGAAGGGCAUUUCUAUCCAAGAAGGCGUAGUGCAAGUUGCUGCUGGCGAGAGCUGGGGCCCUGUUUAUGAUCAGCUUGGAGAAGCUGGCUUAGGUUUUUCUGGAGGGCGCUCGUAUCGGUCAGGCAUUGGGGGUUUGGCUCUGGCAGGUGGUCUGUCAUUUGUUUCGUCGCGUGGAGGCUUUAUUUGUGACAACGUCCUUAAUUUCCAAGUUGUUCUUGCAUCUGGAUCCAUCGUGAAUGCGAAUGCACACGAGAAUUCGGACCUCUGGGUUGCGUUGCGUGGAGGAGGAAACAAUCUAGGCAUCGUGACGCGCUUCGACUUUCGGACAUUCAAACAGGGCCCUGUUUAUGGAGGCAGUAUUUAUUAUUUCGGCGACAGCUUCCCAGGGCAGUUGGAUGCUCUUGUGGCUGAAUUACAGAAACCAGAUGCAUCCGUGGAUACGCAUUUGAUGGUCAGCAUUGGCUACUCAGCUAUGUUUGGGUCGCAAAUGAUGUGUCUAAAUCAGGUCUACUGCACCCAAGGGAUUGAGAAGAACCCCGUACUGCGACCAUUCACGGAAAUCCAACCGCAGAUAGAACAGAUGAAUUCUCUACGCAUGCACACUUUGGCAGAUGCAGCCCGAGAGCAAGCUGGGGAUAGACCUUCUCCAAAAAGAUCCGUCUACAUGAACACGACCGUCAAAGCCGAUGUUGCGACAUUACUGGUAGCGACAAAGAUAUAUGAAGCAGCCAUCCAGCCACUCAAGUCAUGUGAGGGUAUACUGCUCUCUUUUACGCUGCAGCCGUAUCCUUUAUCCCUACUACAGCGAUCGGCCCCCCAGGGCGGCAAUGUUCUAGGUUUGGAGCCGGAACUCGGACCGCUUGUGAGCAUCCUUUUUCUUACCUUUUGGGAGAAUAGGGAGGACGACGAGAAAAUUGUGAAUAGUCUAAGGAAGGCGCUGGACGAGAUUGACAGUGACUCUACAAUAAGGGGCACGUUAGUUCCAUUCAAGUACCUUAAUUAUGCGGCGACUUUCCAGGAUCCGAUUGGAUCAUAUGGCAGUGCAAACUCUGAGAAGCUACGCAAUGCAAGCCAGAAGUUUGACCCGGACGGCCUAUUUCAGAAGGGGGUUCCUGGUGGUUGGAAGUUGUUCUCAUAGACGAAACCUGCGAGGCGUGCUCUCAUAGAACUGCUGGGCUCUAAUCUCAAUUGGUAUUUUACUUGGAAUUAUCUGCAACGUGACCAGGUACCUACCUACCUUCGCUUCUACCAAUCUUCUUUCAAUGUUGAGAUGCGAUCCAAAUCCAUCUUAUUACGACCGUGUUAAAACGUCCUUCAUUCAUGAGUACGUAAAUAGUUACUGUUACACAAUUCAUCUUAGAUGCAUGCGAAGAGGACAGCAUCGGCACAGAUAGGGGCA